AAACACUUUCAGGAUGAGGUCGAUUUACUUCUUGAGCCUUAUCGUUGCAGCUUCGUUGUUCGGAGCUGCAUGCGUAGCCAGUUCCGCUUUAGAGGCAAAGGAAUUGGCAAGAAGGAGUUUUGCAGGAAAAGACUUGCGGCUUGUUAGUACAAACAGUCCUUUCCUAGCAAAGAAGUGUGUCUUCAUCCUUGCAACCGGGCAAUCUGGGUCGACAGCGCUAAUGGACGCCCUCAACCAGCUGCCCAAUUAUCUCAUACGCGGAGAACAGUGGGCUGCGCUCUGGAACAUCUAUGAGUCCUACAUGUGGGAUACCCGCUGCCUCCACGGGAGGGCUCGCCGAUGGCAACCUGGCCCUCUAUGCCGUAAACCACCUUCGCAGAAACUUUAACUGGACAGUUACAGUUCCCCUCAGCCAGAAGAAAUUUAACUGGUCGGAGCACCAAGAAGCAUCGUUUCAUGGGAUUAAGCACCUGUACGACGAAGGAGCUGCCGUGGAAAAGCUGUCUUGGUUCAACGAAUUUUCGACCGAACGCGUAAUGGCAGCUGCGCGGUCUUACUACGCAGUGCUGUACGGAUAUUAUGGCAAGAACUUCGUGUCCGGUUUCAAAGACAGCAGGUACGUUUGCGGACACUCCUUCCAAUCCGGCAGGUGCCAAGAGGUUUUCUUGGGCUUCAUGACCUUCCUUCGUAACAUCUGCCUAGACGUCAAGAUGAUCUUCAACUCCCGCGCAUCGGCUUCGUUUGGAGCCAACAGCAAGCUGUACGACAGGGAGCCGCGGAAUACCCAAGAGGCGUUUGUACGUGAUCUCAACGAAACACAUGCGUUGUACGACGCUUAUGUACGGAGCAACCCGGAUCACGCGCUUCGCGUCUUCUACGAGGACAUGUAUGAUGCCGAGAAAAACGCGACACUCGUACGACAGCUGCUACAAUUCCUUGGGGAGGACAACAAGCUGCCCGCCAACCCCAUCCGCUUCAAUCGCAUGCCCCCGUCAUCAACCGUCUAGUCAGCAGGGAGUGCUGCGACGCCCCGGGGAGCACCACUCACCCCGGGGAGCUCGGCGCCACACCUGCCUCUCCGCCUAUGGCGCGUGAGAGCGAAUGCAAAUUUGCAUGCAUGCAAGUUACACGGUCGACGGAGGAGUGCGCCAUUUGCUUCCAUGCAAUUAGGAUUUUUGUCGCUGGUGGGGGAUGGUCUAAACGGCAAAUUCAGGUUCAAAUCCAAGCCCUGUUGGGCGGCUCUUUGACACGGGCGAUGCACGUAGAUAAUUGACGUGAAGUGAUGUGGUGGCUGGUAGCCGUGGUAGGUAGAUUGACAGACAGGUUAUUAGCUGUGUAUUCUCGUCUCCCAUUUCCACGUGUGUAUGCAAGUGUCCGGCUUAUUCAAAACUCGCGUGCAUGAGUCGUGUGCGGCACACAUACAUGCACACGUCUUAUUUACCGUUAUUGUUUUCACUAGAAAGGCACUAGAAAGGUUUUACUGUAGCAAUACAGGGUAGGGCGUGGCAGUACAGGACUGAGUUGCGAUGAGGACGGCGCACCGGUGCCCUGCCGUACACAUACCGUUGUACCGCCUUAUGGCAGGCAGAUGAAUGCAUGUAGCUGGUCGGUUGGAAUGGGCUGGGUUCGACCUUUUCUUCUUCGCCGUGUCGUCUUCAAUUCCAUGGCUUUCUCCCUGUUUUUUCUUUUCCCUGAGGGCAGAUACAGCUUGCAGGAGGGGUGUAGUUUUGAAUUCCUUUUAUGAGGUGCGUGGAGCGCCUUUGAGGGCUGGAUGGCGGUGGUUAGUUACUUUGUCCUGGUCUUUCGUCGCCGGUGAGAGAUUGUAAUAUGCGAAUGAGAGACGGUGGUGCCGGAUGGUCGGCCUGACUUACGUAGGGUAUUGCUCGUCGGGUUUAUGUGUAGGCAUUGCUGCGUCACGCUGUCCUAAUAACUUGCGCUCCUGAUGCACGGCAAACGCCAUUGCCUGAGCAUCAUCCAGGGGGCUGCACUGCUUACAAUUACAGAUCAUUAGGUACGGUGCCGAUCUAGGCAUUGUUGGGUCGUGCUGCCGUGAUGCUUUCUAUGAACUGGGGCACCAGCUAAGCGCCACUCCUCGCCCUUAUAAGCGUGCGUGCUUCAUUUCUGUCUAUGGUGUGUUGUCACGCAUGGGGUUUUCGCCUUUCCCAAGCCUGGGGUUUGCACUUUCCCCACCCAGGGCUUUUGCGUUCGAUUGCUCCUUAGUCAGCCAAUACUAAUUCCAUCUGAAGUUUACGGUGCAAUUUGGGGUGGCGGUGUAGCAAUUACUCGAGCAUCCUAGACAGGGAGCGCUAGCUGAGUAUCGCAUGUUACCGGUAGCUUGGGUUGGAGGGGCGAAUACAUGUAAGAAGCCUGAU